AUGUAUGACUCUAGUAGCAUUCUAAGGCAUAUUUACAACAGAUACCAAUCAAACCAUACAAUGGAUGAAGUAACACAAGCUCCAAGUUACGAAUUUUACAAGGAACGCAAACUCGCAAUCGUCGCAGCACCGUUCUCUGGCGGCCAGGGCCACGUCGGUGUGGAGAACGGCCCUAAGUAUAUUUUGAAUCAUGGUUUGCAAUCAGAUCUGGAAGAGAUGGGAUGGAAGACGUCGGUGGAAAAUCCGCUGGAUAACGAAUCCAUGGUCAAGCGUAUGCUUGCUGACACAGUCAAGGACUCAUACGGGAGGAUCAAGAAGCCCAAUCUGGUCGGCGAGGCCACGCAGUUGAUUUACCAAUCUGUAGGGAAGUGUCUCAGCGAGGAGACGUUCCCCUUGACCAUCGGCGGAGACCACUCGAUCGCGAUUGGCAGCGUGUCCGCCGUGCUGGACAAGUACCCUGACGCUGGACUGCUGUGGAUCGAUGCCCAUGCAGAUAUCAACACGUUGGAGAGCACCAACUCGGGCCAUCUGCACGGGUGCCCCGUGUCGUUUCUUCUGGGCCUCCACAAGGACAGCAGCGAGUGUCCCGAAGCCCUGAAGUGGGUGCCAGGCAAGCUAAGACCCGAGAAGAUCGCCUACAUCGGACUAAGAGACGUCGAAGCUGGCGAAAAGAAGAUUCUCAAGGACCUGGGCAUUACUGCCUUCUCGAUGUACCACGUUGACCGCUACGGGAUCAACACAGUCAUAGAAAUGGCCUUGAAGGCAGUCAGUCCCGACGGCAAAAGCCCCAUCAUGUGCUCGUACGACGUUGAUGCAGUCGACCCGCUCUUCAUGCCCGCUACUGGAACCCCGGUAAGAGGCGGACUCACUCUAAGAGAGGCCCUCUUUCUGGCCGAAAGAAUCGCUGAGACAGGGAAGCUGGUCGGACUCGACAUUGUCGAAUGUAAUCCUGCGCUUGCCGUCCACGACCUACAUGUAAUCGACACCAUAUCGGCCGGUUGUGCCAUUGCAAGAUGCGCAUUGGGCGAGACACUGCUGUGA